AAUCGCCGCUGUAUUGUCUUCCGCGCUCUCUGAAGCCGACUGAACCUGCUUCUCUGCUGCUGUUCCGAUGUCGCUGCUUUGGUGCCACCUGCCUCGCACAUGCUUUGGUGCCACCUGCCUCGCACAUGCUUUGGUGCCACCUGCCUCGCACAUGCUUUGGUGCCACCUGCCUCGCACAUGCUUUGGUGCCACCUGCCUCGCACAUGCUUUGGUGCCACCUGCCUCGCACAUGCUUUGGUGCCACCUGCCUCGCACAUGCCUGCCUCGCACAUGCUUUGGUGCCACCUGCCUCGCACAUGCCAAAUUCACUAACUGCCUCGCUCCCUCGCUCACACACCCCUUCACUAAGAACCAUCUCGCUCCAAAGCGCCACAUGCAGCAGCGGCAUGGUGCGAGGCAGCCAUGCGGGAGAGCAGGGGCGUGCAUGA